UUUACAACAAAUUCAGAGGGGAGGGGGGAGCAGACCUGCUCUGAUGAUGGCUGUACACAGUCAGUGACUGACUGCUCAUAUGAACCCAGAGCACUCACAUGCAGACACUCUUACAGAGUGGACCUCGUCUUCUUCUGUGUUCUCUGUUAUUAGUGCUGAGGAAAUACACAAAUACCAAAAGCGUAUAUUUUCAACGAAAGCUUCGGGGUUGUUUCUUUGGUUUUCUUUCAUCAAGUGGUAAGCUCUUUGACGCAACGAAAGACCACCACCAACUGACGGGAUGGCGUUUUGCAAGGUUAUCACGGUCACCAGUUAUCUUCUAUUGGUAUCCUACGGGAUAGGGCUGGCUCAGAAGCAUACAAUACCUGAGUGCAAACCUUCACUUAAAGAACAGCAAGAAGCAGGAGAUAUUGAUUCAUCUGAUGUGGAAGAUUAUCUCAAGCUGGCAACCUAUGGAAUGUAUGAAUCUGUAAUCAAGAACAGGGCCUUCUCCAAGGGCAAAGGGAACCCUGGGCACAAGGGUUACGUUCAAGCGGACCACAUCCCACCCAUUGACUCCCUGAAGAAGGCUGAGUUGGGGGGGCUGAAAAUUAUAAAUCCGGCCCUUUAUGAUAUGGUGAUGAGCCUGGAGAAGGAUCCAGAGGGGAUGAAACUCUUCACCCUACAGGUCGCCACGCACCACCACAGGGCCGCUCUGUCCACCGGCAGAAGUAAAGAGUCUGAGGCUGUCAGGGCUGUUCUUACAUGUAAAAUUGCAAGAGGAGAAGUAGUGCCAAUGUUGAAGCAAGCCAUGAUGAUCGCCCACCCAUUUGUUUCCCAGAGUAUGAGAGGAAUACAGAGAAGUUUCCCAGGAGAAAAAUGCUCACUUUCAGAUGAUAGAACGACGAAGAUCUACGAAAAGGGCUUUCUGGGAUUGAUCAAUUUUAACUACGAAGCAAAGGUCAUCACUGCGGAAGAGAGGGAUAAACUGAAGGAUUAUGUCAGUCAACAUUAUGCCCUAGGUGGAAACUUUGACAAAGAUUCCAUAGAAUACCAAGAGAUCCUUGAAACUGUGAAAAGAUCACUACAGAGACGAAAAGGGAUUAAAAGAAACAAAAAUAAACAGGGGUUCCCUGGGCCCCUGGAGAAUUCCCUGUAG